GAGCAAACAGCUCCCAAUCCCAAUCCAUCCAAAGCAUAAAAUAUGCAUCUAUCCAUGUUCUCAUGUUCCAUCCAAUCCCUUGCCCAAUCUGCACCUCCUAGACACACACACACACACUCAAAGCGUCUGAGUUGCAUCUCGUCUCUUGCACACACCACGAGUCCCUCAGAUCCGUGUAUCCUGCAGCUUUGACUCUCUAUUUUUUAUAUUUCCUUGUGAGUAAACUAGCUAGCUCUAGAUCACCUCAUGUGUUUGACCUUCCACGGUCGUAGCCGUCCAAGGGUACGGAACGCAGAGGCAGAGGCAUGAUGUUUCGCAGAUCAGGCAAGAGUUGUAGCAAGGCCAAGAAGAAGAAGGGCACCGCUGCUCCAUGGCAGAAUGGAGUAGAGCCGCGGAAGGUUGAUGGAGGAGGACCCGGCUCCAACAGCAGGCAGGUCGCGCCGGAUACUACCGGCAUGGGAAACAUCGAUGACGGCACUAGCAGAGAUGAGACAUUCUUUGAAGCCACCCCUUGGUUUGAAUCAGACUGUGAAGAUGAUUUCUACAGUGUCAACGGAGAUCUGACCCCAGCAAGAUCAUUCACAUCUCGAACCAGCCGGACCACGGUACCUGGACCUCAGAAUCUACCGACACUGGGGGCGAUCUUGAAGGCUGAACCCCUGAAGCCGCCAGCGCCGCCAAGGAAGCUCGGCGACCUCCUGCGGGAGACGCAAGACGAUGAUGACAUCGCCAUGGAGGGUCCUGACGACCUCUCCAAAGACGAUUCCUUGCGCAUCCUCCAGGAGGCCAACCGGUGCUGCGUGCCGCAGUUGGCGCGGGCCAUUAGCUGCAAUGGGAGGAGGCAGCAUAAGUGAAUACACUGUUCGCUUGGUUGAAAAAUCAUGACUAAGAAUACUGUUUGCUGAUUUAUUGUGAUAGAAAAUCACUGCUGAGUAAAUGGUAUAUUCGGCAGAUAAACUCAAACGAACAGGCUUAGUGGGUGGCAAUAGCCUAGGGUUUGAAUUGUUGUCACAAAAAAAACUCAGCUUUGGAUUCUUCUGGGCCUUGUUGAAAGAUUAGUUGUUCAAAUGUGUACAUAGACGAAAUGACUGCACGCCGAAACAGUAAAAAAUGGUAUAAACAUCAAGAUUUGUAUGCAAUGUAUGUCGAUUAAAGAUGUCUGCUUCCUGCAGAACUGCUGCUACAGGAAA